CCAAUACAAUCAAAAGAAUAACACAACAUCCAAAUUUGGGUCCUUCUAAUUUUGCGCCAUCAAAAACCUUCAAAACCUCAAAUUUCGUUCCUUCUUUGUGAUAAUUCUCUCGCAGCUUCGUAUUUAGUCUCUUAAUCGUAUUAAUUUCGAGGGUUUACUCUCUUUUUGAGCCGUGGGUUUGAUUUCUAUUUAUUUUUUGUCAAUUCAUGAUGGGUCACAGAGUAUUGGUUCGUGUUGGAGCUCUGUUUCUGAUCUUAUUGACGAUUGUUCCAUCGUCUAGAGCUUUGAUUUCGUCUCCCGAGGCUAAUCCUCCUUACCCUAAAGCUAUCUCGGAUUUGAAGGAAGCAAUUGUAAAGGGACUCGGAUUUCAGUCCGAGGAAGUGAAGAUAUCUGGUUUUGAUGUAAGAGAUGCCUUGGUAGGUCAUGCUGUUUCAUAUGAGUUUGAUCUUGAAAUCGGCAACAAAGUGCUUCCAUUUAAGCUUCUUGAAGAUGUGAACCGACGGGAGUACGUAGAUCUCCCAAUUUUUCAAGUAGAACAACCCAUUGAUUCCAGGGAUGAGAAUGGUUUAGUUCCUAUGAAGAACAAGAAGGGGUCUAGUGAUGUUUUACCUGUUUUAGCUCCGUUUCAACUUGCUGGUCCCAUGGAACUUUGGAUCCAAGAUGCAAACAAUAUGCGACUCUCUUUACCUUAUGAUGUGGAUGCUGGUGUUUUGAAAAAAGUGAUGUUAGCAGAUGGUGCUGUUGUAACAGUGAAAGGAGCUAGAUCAGUUAGUUUGCGUCAUCCGAUUGAUUUGCCACUUCCAUUAAAUCAAAGCUCCAAUGAAUUUGCCUCUGGACUUUUGUCUUUAGCUGAACAGCUUCGACGUGCUUCAAGUGGUCAAGAAACUCCGCUUCUUUCGCUCCGCAUUGUUGGUCCUACUUCUCUUGCAUCAACUUCACAAUCUCCUGAUACCAAACUCAAACUUAAGCGUCUUGGGCCAGGACUUGUGGAACUAUCUUCCAUGUCUAAAGGCAGAAGCAGUCUCUCAACAAUUGAUGGUGCUAUGACUACUGUUCUUACCCCAAGAGAAUUUACAACCAUGUGGCCAAUUACUUCAAUCAAUGGCUCGAACGCUAACUUACUUGGCUUUGAGAAACUAUUGACCUCUGUUUUGGGUCCUAAAGCCCUGGAAAAAGGUUCCUUUAAGGUGUUGAAAGCGAAUGUAGCCGCUCAAACGUUUAUGAAGAUUGGUUUUGGUGUAGAAAAGAAGCUCAAGGAAGCUGAUCUCGAAGGUUUAAGCUUUCCAGAGUGGCGAACAAAGCCUGAGACAAUGAAAAUGCAUUUUGAGGUUCUUGCUAAAGUUGAUGGAGAGAAAGUCAUCCCAGAAAAUGUCAUGCGAGUUGAUCCGAUACCAAUGGAGGAUACGAUUGCGCAAAAUGUGAUUGCAGGAAAUGUAACUAUGUCGAAACUUCCGAUCACUCAGCCUCCUUCAAGCCCUUUCACCUUGUAAAUCAUGUGGACAUAUUAGCUCAUGUUUUAUGAGAAAAUUUCCAAGCUUUUGGUCUUGUCUUUCUUUUUACUCAAUACUCUCCAAAACGCAGAAGAAGUGUAUGUUUAACUUCACUGCCACUUGUAAAUAAUAAAAUUACUAAUUGACGACUUUUAACUGA